AUGUCCCACUGUCCCUGUCCAAUUGUCCAUGUCUCACUGUCUAUGUCCCACUAUCCCUGUUCCAAUGACCAUGUCCCACUGUCCCUGCCCUACUGUCGCAGUCCCAAUGACACUGCCCCAGUGUCCCUGCCCUACUGUCCCUGCCCUACUGCCCAUGUCCCACUGUCCCUGCCCUACUGUCCCUGCCCUACUGUCCCUGGCUCACUGUCCCUGCCCUACUGUCCCUGCCCUACUGCCCAUGUCCCACUGUCCCUGCCAUACUGUCCCUGCCCUACUGUCCAUGGCUCACUGUCCCUGCCCUACUGUCCCUGCCUCACUGUCCCUGCCCUACUGUCCCUGCCCUAUUGUCCCUGCCCUACUGUCCAUGCCCCACUGUCCCUGCCCUACUGUCCAUGUUUCACUGUCCCUGCCCUACUGUCCCUGCCCCAUUGUCCCUGCCCUACUGUCCAUGUCCCACUGUCCCUGCCCUACUGUCCCUGCCCUAUUGUCCCUGCCCUACUGUCCAUGUCUCACUGUCCAUGUCCCACUAUCCCUGUCCCAAUGACAAUGUCCCAUUGUCCCUGCCCUACUGUCCAUGUCCCACUGUCCCUGCCCUACUGUCCAUGUUUCACUGUCCCUGCCCUACUGUCCCUGCCCUACUGUCCCUGCCCUACUAUCCAUGUCUCACUGUCCAUGUCCAACUAUCCCUGCCUUACUGUCCAUGUCCCACUGUCCCUGCCCUACUUUCCCUGUCCUACUUUCCCCUCCCUACUAUCCCUGUCCAACUGUACAUGUCCCACUGUCCCUGCCCUACUGUCCCUGUCCUACUGUCCCUUCCCUACUGUCCCUGUCCCACUGUCCCUGCCCUACUGUCCCUGCCCUACUAUCCAUGUCUCCCUGUCCAUGUCCAACUAUCCCUGCCUUACUGUCCAUGUCGCACUGUCCCUGCCCUACUGUCCCUGCCCUACUGUCCAUGUCUCACUGUCCAUGUCACACUAUCCCUGCCUUACUGUCCAUGUCCCACUGUCCAUGCCCUACUGUCCCUGCCCUACUGUCCCUGUCCUACUGUCCCUGCCCUACUGUCCAUGUCUCACUGUCCAUGUCUAA